UUUCAGCUACUCUUCUUCUUUUUUAUUUUAAAGAACAUUUCUUACCCUGUACUCUUCAUCUUUAAACCACCAAAAUCUCCAUUAAUUUUGUUAAAGAACUCUAAGUUUAAACACCAUGACCGGUGGCCGGGAAAUUCUGCACAAAAUAAAGGUUAAGGCCGGAUUUUGUUCAUCGACGACGUCUUCUGAGACAGGAAAAGGUAAAAGCAAAAUGUCAAAGCAAAUCACACAAGGUUAUCACAUGGUAAAGGGAAAAUCACAUCAUCCCAUGGAAGAUUAUGUAGUUUCCGGUUUCAAGCAAGUUAACAACAAUGAAUUGGGUUUGUUUGCAAUAUUCGACGGGCAUUUGGGCCAUGAUGUUGCAAAUUACCUGCAAAAUCAUUUGUUUGACAAUAUUUUGACACAGCAUGAUUUUUGGACUGAUACGGAGAGUGCUAUAAGGAGAGCUUAUGAUACAACUGAUGCUGAGAUAUUAGAGAAAGCAUUUGUCUUGGGAAAAGGAGGAUCAACUGCAGUUACAGCAAUCCUCAUUAAUGGUCAGAAGCUAGUAGUAGCGAAUGUGGGAGAUUCUCGAGCCGUUAUAAGCAAAAAUGGCGUGGCCAAACAAUUAUCCAUUGAUCAUGAGCCAAGUAAGGAAAGGAAUCUGAUUGAGAGCCGUGGUGGUUUUGUAUCAAACAUACCCGGAGAUGUUCCACGCGUUGAUGGACAGCUGGCAGUAGCAAGAGCAUUUGGUGAUAAGAGCUUGAAAAUACACCUUAGUUCAGAACCUGAUGUAACGGAAGAGGCGAUUGAUAAUGAUGUAGAAUUCAUUAUCUUAGCAAGUGAUGGAGUAUGGAAGGUAAUGUCAAACCAAGAUGCAGUAGACUCAAUCAAAGACAUAAAAGAUGCUCACUCCGCGGCAAAACAUUUGAUUGAGGAUGCGGUUUCUAGGAAAAGCAAAGACGACAUUUCUUGCAUAGUUGUAAGAUUUCACUCAUAGUAUUUACGAGCAAUUAGAUCAUCAAUCCUUUAAAUUGUAAAAUAUCAUAAGCAGCAUGUGUGUGCAUAUAAAAACUUGUCUUCAUUACUAGUUUCUAUAUCUUGUUAUUAUGUGUUAUAAAGCAAAUAAAACAGCUAGAAAUUUUAUUAAAAUAGAGGUAUUCACCCAUCAUGUAAAAUUAUUAAUUAAAUGUAGAAUUUUAAUUUAA